ACCCCGCCAGAUUUUUUCUUUGAGACUCUUCUGAUUUACUUCUCGACCUAAAUUUUUCUCAACUGAUUCAGCGAAGAUGAGUACUAUGAAGUUUUGCCGCGAAUGUAAUAACAUUCUGUAUCCUAAGGAGGACAAGGAGCAGAAGAUCCUCCUCUACGCUUGCCGUAAUUGUGAUCACCAGGAAGUAGCUGAUAAUAGCUGUGUGUACAGAAACGAGGUUCAUCACUCUGUAAGUGAACGAACUCAGAUCCUAACAGAUGUGGCUUCUGACCCUACUCUUCCCAGAACCAAGGCUGUGCGUUGUGCCAAGUGCCAGCAUAGCGAGGCCGUCUUCUUCCAGGCUACGGCUAGAGGUGAAGAAGGAAUGACAUUGUUCUUUGUCUGCUGCAACCCGAAUUGUGGUCAUCGCUGGAGAGAGUAGAGUUAAGGAUAUUGAUGUUAAAAGUAGUUACCAGUAAGUGUUAGAUGUGGAAUGAUGGAAAAACCUUCUAGGAGCUAUUUAGUGGUGUUAUGAAAUCAUAAUCCCAACUUGUGUCUCACCAAACAUAAAGAUUGAAACUUUCACUUUGGGAACUGAAAGCAAACGAGAAAAAAACUGAACCCAAAA